UCGGCCAAUUGGAUCCUCAAAUGUAAAUUCAGCCGACAUGUCCACUCUCCCUCCGAUGCCAUUACUAAAUCUACCAGAAGCUGAACAUAUCGGUCCUGACGCCGAUCUACCGGCAGGAGGACAAACGAGUUCUUUUGGAGAUGGGGGUGGCACCUCGUCACUUUUAAAUGAAGAUACGCCACCAGCCAUCAAUACAGUUGUUCCUGCACCUUUGCGAGUGGACGUAGAAUAUAAUCAAGUUUCCCAUAAUGCAAUUGGAGGACUGGAGUGGACGAUUUCUGACACGUCAACACCCAUUUUCGUUACAAAUAUUCAGGCUGAACAAUGGAAUAAGUUGCUUCAAGAUGUCUCCAACAUCAAAAUCACGUUAAAUAACAUCGAUAAGAAGCUGGACAAUAUCCUAACCAAAGAUUCUGCUCCAAAGGGCCCACCAAUAAUUAAGAAUCCUUUUGAGAAAUUGGAUGAGUUUACUACCUUUGACGAGUCCUUACUUAAUAAUGAUGAGUUGCAGUUAAAAUUGAAAUGCCAUUUAGUACGUGGAGUAGGGGGUAAGGUUCCUGAAGUCGUCAGUGGAAUGCUGAAAAAGUUAUUUACCGAUAAACUGGCCCUUGACAUUAGUCUCAAAGGAUACAAGGGAAAUUACAAUUUCUCAGCCACGGUUAGCUUCAAAGUGAUGUCGGAUUCAGCGAUGGAUAAAAUUCCUGACGUGACCGAGAAGGAAAUUUCUAAAGCUAUGAUUUCGUGGUUCCAGCACGCCAGUGAUCGACUCAAAACAAAAAAGAAUAGUUCAGCGUAAAUUUG